GGCUGAUUCGACAUUUUAUUUUUCGUUGUCGUUGAAUCAAUUUGUUUAAUCGGUUAUAAUAUUAUAAACAGUGUAAGCGUGUCAGGAAAGUGAAUAAUAAUAAAAAUGUGGACACGAACAAGUUUUGUAUGGAAUUUUUUCAAAACAAGUGAAGAUCAUCCAGAGAAGGCCCAGUGCUUAUAUUGUAAAAAGACAUACCGCGACAAUUCCCACGCUGCUAUGAAGCAACACAUAACGGAUUUUCACAAUACCGAGUACGUUUCGUUUAUGGAUAGGAAAAAAAGAGAAGCGCUUGAAGAAACACAAAAGGAUAACAACGAACAGGACAACACGAGACAUAGCAAUAACACAAUUCCUGUUCAGAACAAAACCGAAGUCCGCAAAGACGAUCCUGAAGCUGCAAAGCGUAAUUCACAUACCAAAAAAGUAGAGGCGGAAGAGGGAUUAGAUCUGCGCAUUAUCAUCUGGAACGCCAAUGGGCUGACCGACCGACGAGAAGAACUUGAGUAAUUUAUGAACACAGAGAGUAUUGAUAUUGCUCUGAUAUCUGAAACAAAAUUGAAACCCAAAUCACAAGUAACUUUUCUCAACUCCACAAUCCAUAGAACUGAUCAUCCUUCUGGAAAUUCUCAGGGUGGGACGGCAGUAGUUCUAAAAAAUCACAGAAAGCAUUACCUUCUAGAACCAUACAAAACAGAAAAGAUUCAGGCAACAUCAAUUAAACUAUUCUGCAAAAAUUCUGUAACGACUCUUGCCGCAAUCUACUGUCCCCCGAGUCACAAAAUUGAUACUGAAGAAUUCAAGUUGUUUUUUGACCAACUGGGUACCGUAUUUAUCUGCGGAGGAGACUGGAACUCCAAGCAUACCUUCUGGGGAUCAAGGUUGACAAACCGUAGAGGUAAAAAUCUUUACAAGGCCAUUCUGGACCUCGAUCUUGAAUAUAUCUCUCAUGGAGAACCCACAUACUGGCCAGCAGAUUUAAAAAAAAAUCCAGAUCUACUAGACUUUUACAUUUUGAGGAACUUUGGCGUAAAUUAUUUAGAGAUUGAAAAUUGUCGACCCCUGUCAUCAGAUCAUAUUCCAGUAAUUUUAAAUAUUUUCUCCAAGCCACUCCCGCACUGCACAAGUCACAUUAGAGGAGAUGACCAUCCAACCCAAACGCGAUAUGAGGGACAACAACUUCGCCCCGGAGCAUCCGGCAACUCUUCCCGCCAAGAUGAAACUUCAAAUUCUGAAAAUAGUUACAAAAGAAUAAGUAAACUUAUUGUAAGAAUGAUAGUGCUUCAAAAUUUACCUUGUACCUUCGUUGAUGGAGGUGGAUUCCGCGACCUUCUAAAAGAUUUAGCACCAAAAUAUAAUCUGGAAAAAAGCGAAGUUUUCAAAACCUAUAUGGUCGAUAUUUACGACCAAAUGAAAAUAAAAGUUAAGCGAGAAAUUAUAAAAUUUCCUAAUUUAUCAAUUACUGCUCACAUUAGGAAAGAUUGCAAGUCAAACAAAUUCGUAAUAUUGUUGGUUAGCCAUGGAAUAACCGAAACAUUUAAACGGUCUUCAAUAUUAUUAAAAUGCUCUAUUAUUGACAACAUUACUACUGAAGAUGAAGUUGGCAAAAUGAUUAACACCAUAGCUUAUGAGCUGGAUUUUCCGAUUGAAAGAGUGCAUUGCAUGAUUCGAGAUGAGAGUUCUUCUUCACAAAGAGGUACGCAAUCAGUGUUAUUGAUGCAAGAUUUGGAUUGUGCUGUUCACAAAAUACAAAAUAUUAUACGAGAAACAUUUCUUUCUCAAGAAAACGUUACCAAUAUACCAACAAAUAUUACAAAUAAUUUUCCUAACGCUCUCAAUGAACUAGAGAAAAUAUUGAAUAAACUAAACGUGAAUGAAACUGGGUUUGUAGAUAUUAUAAAAAAAUUUUGUUUCAUUUUUACUAUUGGGACAACGGUGGUCGUUAAAUAUGGGAACUUUGACACACAUUUGGAAAAUCAGAUGGAACAGAGUGCUUAUAAUGUGGUAAAAUUACUACUUGACUUUAUUAAUUGUGAACGCUCCCAGCAAAACUUGUCGUCAGUAAUACCAACCUUUAAGCAAAUUACGGAAAGUCUGGAAGAGUAUUUAAAUGUAUCACCAGAAUCAAAUGCUAUUAAAGCAGCUGUUUCAAGUCUAAAAACAGGAUUUGAAACGGCAUUGUCUUCGUUGGAAAAUAAUAAAUUGUACGCCAUUGCAACCUUUUUAGACCCUCAUUAUAAGAAUCAUUUUUCACGAGAGGUGAAGAUAAAAAUUUGUAGAGAUUUAUCAACUAUGACUAAUGUGCAAAGCACAGAGAGCCAUAGAACAGUGGAUAGCUUUGAAGUGGUUCCUCCAAAACGGACUUGCAUCCGGUUAAACGAUUUGGUAAAUGAUACAUUCAAAAUCAAAGAAAGCGACAAUACUAGUGAUCUACGCAAGGAAAUUAAUGAUUACGGAAAUAUAGGAGCAUUGAAUGUGGAUGAAGAUCCACUCGAGUGGUGGAAGAAUAAUGGUGAACAGUUUAAAAGCCUCUCCAAGUUUGCUCGCAGGUUUUUGUCACCUCCAGCAGUGAGUGUGAUCAGUGAGCAACUGUUUGAAGGGGAUGGAAGCUUGGAACUAACACUGAACAAAGAGGAGGAUGCAAAGUUACUGUUCGUAAAACAUAAUGCAGAAAUGUUUGGGUUUGAUUUUUAAAUUGUGCAAAUUAUAAAUAGAUAUUGGAAUAUGGUGAUGGUUUUUUAAGAAUGUUAUGUGCCACACAUUAAGUUUUGUAUGACGAUGGUUAGAUAUAACCUUUGUCUACUUUGACAUUCCAACACAAGUGUACAUUCCAAUUCAGACACAUGUGUCAAUAAUAUUGUAAUACUUAUGUGUAGCUACUACUUGUGUGUAGUAUAAGUUCCUUGUUAAAUAAAUCACACUUUAGUGUUAGGUAUUCAAUGUUUAUUUAUCUCUGUAUUUAUUACCUUACUAGCUUCUGUCAGCAUUCGCCCGCGUCCCCGAGGAUAAAAAGUAGCCUAUGGUUUAAUCUAUACCAUAAUAUAUCUCGAAAUUUAAUCACGAUAUCUUCAGCAUUUUUUAUGUGACUUAGUAACAAACAUAGACUAACACAUGAACUCACAAAUGUUUUGCAAUUCUCCAAGGCCGCCGUCAUGAUGGUGGCCUCCGCUCCUCCGCUGUGUUCAGGAGGGCGACUCUUGCCUGCUGGGACUUCUUCUCCGCCACCCUAGGGAGCUCCUCCUGAAAGGCCUAGCGGUGUCCUCGUAUCCGCGCUUACUCUCGGAGCAGUGCUCGCCCUCCGACAUCUCCAUGGUGGAGGAUUCCGAGAUGGUAGGGCUCUUUUGAGCGCUCUCUCUGCAGCCAAUUGCUCGGCUGUCUCAGAGCAGGCAGCGGUUCCUGGUCUCUAGCGUCUGCUGCCCUUGCCGCCCCUACCCCGCACCGCCGUGGGGAUCUUAAGGAGAGGAGGCGCCUCCUGCGCGCUGGAGGACGGGGACACAAUGUUCUCCUCCAGCCUGACACGCUUACACGAGCUCACGUUCAACUGCUCCGCUAGUGAUGUGUCGGAUUCAGAGUCCGGCCCCAUCCGAAUUGCAGCCCGUGUGUGAGGCUCGCUGGACAACUUCAGCGCCUCAUCACGAGUUCCAGAGCCACUUAUGCUUCCCUUGACCGUCACUGCAGGCGAGCCGAGCUCACCCGGACUCUCCUCCUUCGAUAGUGUUUUUUUAUUUAGAUUAAUUUUCUCCAUAAAGUUCCCACGAGUAUGGGGGGGAUAUUAGGUCUACCCAGGCAGUGUCCCCUGCACCUGGGUAAGUGUUCAUUUGUUUCCCAACUUGAGGUUCCACUGGUCCCCUAGCUGGGGGUGCGCUCAUGACUGACACUACUCCUCAGCCAUGCAUACCCUCGCCGCGCACCAGAACUUGGUAUUGGAGGAUUUUUUUUUCCUAUCCUUAGUUCGUAUUUCAUAGUACAAAGUACAAGGAUUGUGAAGUCGUUUAUAUGUAUAGUCUAUGGUGAAGACCGAACUAAAAAAUGUGAUAACAUAUAAUCUCACUUCAAAAGUCAUUAUCUACUAGUAAGUGGUAGGUAUUAAAUAAAUAAGUU